UCUGAACGGACAACACUUUAGAAACAGAAACUUCAACAAUGCACCAAUUAUUACUCACCCAUUGCAAAAAAAAACCUUGCUGUUUCCUUGAAAACUUCACUAAACCAACCUCAACGGUCAACGGGCACACCUGGAAUAACCUUCUGCUCGAUAUCGGUAUCCAGUACUACAUUUUGUACAUUUAUCAGUGAAGCGAUUUGACUCGAGUUUUGGGGGAUUUUUUUGACAAACGUAAUGGGAUUAAAUUGGGUACGAUUUUUUUUCCAAGAUAUGAAACAUACCAAAAAUCAACACUCGCAGUUAGUCGUUUUCGUCGUUUGCGAAAUCUACGUUUUGACUCACCGACUGAGAAAUUAGUUUGCUGAUAAGAUAUUGCCUGGCAGGUGUAAUACCUCUGCAUUUUUCAUGCCUGUUUUUGUGAUUCAUUGUGGUAGACGGAAUUUUACCGGCUAGUUCAGUUUUGGACCGGUUGUAAUUUACUUUGUGAUAAUUUUGAGUAAGAAUCAUCAACAUAUUUGCUAAUAGAAAAUUUACGUGAUAGAUUCAAUUGAUUUUGUUACCCAUAAAAGGAAGCCAAGGUGUGCAUUUUGAUAAACGUAAUUGUUGCAGAAAGUUUGCUUGGGGCCAUAUAGAUAACUAUAAGUUGGUACAUCAACAUUACAAGAGGUUUGAUCCUGCAGAACAAUGGCGCAACCAGGUUACGGAUUCCCAAAUCAGUCUCCAUACCCCCCGCAACAACCAGGAUAUCCACCUCAACCAGGUUAUCCCCCUCAGCCAGGUUAUCCACCCCAGCAAGGUUAUCCACCCCAACAAGGGUACCCACCCCAACCAACCUUCCAACAACCCCAGUCAGGCUUCUACGGAUACCCCCAGAGUCAACCGUAUGCCGGAAAUGCUGGCGCUCUUUCGGUGGGCAGCGACCCGGAAGAUCCCGACGCAUGCGGAUUCGACUUCACCGAUCAAUCCAUCCGGAAGGGAUUCAUCCGAAAAGUGUACUCCAUACUGAUGGUUCAACUCAGCAUCACGCUCGGCUUCAUCUGUCUGUUUAUGUACCACGAGCCGACCAAGGUGUGGGUCCAACGUCAUCCGGAAGUGUUCUGGAUCGCAUUCGGCGUGAUGCUCGUAACGAUGAUCUCAAUGGCGUGCUGCGACAGUGUCCGGCGGAAGUCUCCGAUGAACUUUAUCUUUUUGGGCCUGUUCACGCUGGCGAUGUCCUUCCUGAUGGGCGUUACCACGGCCAGGUUCAGCUCACAGGAAGUUCUGUUGGCGGUGGGAAUCACGGCAGCGGUUUGCCUCGGGUUGACCCUGUUUGCGUUCCAGACCAAGUGGGACUUUACCGUGAUGGGGGGCAUGUUGUUCGUGGCGGCAUUGGUGCUGAUGCUGUUUGGGCUGAUUGCCAUUUUCUUUCCCGGAAAAACUAUCACUCUGGUUUAUGCCAGCUUGGGGGCGUUGCUGUUUAGCUUUUACUUGGUUUACGACACUCAGCUGAUGAUGGGUGGAAAACACAAGUACAGCAUUAGUCCCGAGGAGUACAUCUUUGCUGCAUUGAAUCUUUACCUAGAUAUCAUUAAUAUUUUCACGUUUAUAUUGACGAUUAUUGGUGCAUCUCGAGAUUGAAGAAAAUUGUAAUGCUGUUGUCCAAAUAAAUAUUGAUAAGAAAUCGUUAAA